AUGAAGCUCAAAUUGGUCUCAUCGCGCUCAUUUCGACACCACGAGAGCGUUUAUGCCGUCGGCUGGUCGGGUCCCGAGCAGAUUCUCUCCAUCGGCGAUGACCAUCAGCUGUUGAGGACGAACACGACGACGAACGAGACGACGCUGGUGGCCAACAUGGACGAAAAUUUCUUUCCGACGACUCUUCACAUGUUUCCGAGACCUCAAAACAAGGACGGCAGCUCGGAUUUGCUGGCGGUGUCGACCACAAACGGCAAAGUGCACAUUUUGUCGAAAAGCACCGGCAAAUCGGAAAAAUCGAUCGACGCGCACACAGGCGCCGUUCUGCACGCUCGCUGGAAUUCCGACGGCACCGGAUUGCUAACCGGCGGCGAGGAUGGAUUCGUGAAGAUGUGGUCGAGGAAUGGAAUGCUUCGAUCGGUUCUCGCGCAAUUCCCGACAGCGGUUUACAGUGUCGCGUGGGAUUCGAGCUCGUCGAGUGUGCUCUACACGAAUUCGGAUCAUUGCUAUAUAAAGAGUCUUCGGAUGCAGGUGGCGCCUUUAAAAUGGAAAGCGCACGACGGAAUUGUGCUGUGUUGCGAUUGGAGCCCAACGUCGGCAUUGAUAAUCACGGGUGGCGAGGAUUGCAAGUUCAAACUUUGGGACGGUUUCGGCCAAAUUCUCUUCAGCUCAUCGGUUCAUGAUUAUCCGAUCACAAGCCUCGCCUGGUGUGGCGAUGGGACGCUGUUCUCCGUCGGCUCGCACAACAUUCUUCGACUUUGCGACAAAUCGGGGUGGUCGCAUUCACUCGAGAAAAUGAGCGGCGGAUCGGUGACGGCGUUGAGCUGGUCGCCAGACGGCACCCAAUUGGCAAUUGCGACCGCCUCUGGCCAAAUGUUCCACUCUCAUAUAAUUGACAAACGCUUAACAUAUCAGAAUUUCGAGGUGGUUCAAACGCAAAGGACCGUCAUUGAAGUGCGCGACGUGAGCAACGAGAUAGCGAAGGAGAAGCUGGAAACAAAAGAGCGCAUCUCAAAAAUUUCGAUACUCUAUGAUCAUCUGCUUGUCGUCACCAACUCGUUUAUUUAUAUUUAUAGCUCGAAAAACUGGAACACGCCGAUUAUUGUGGAUUUCAAGGAAAUGCCGGUCAAUUUGAUUAUUCAAUGCGAAAAGCUUUUCCUGGUUUCCGAUGGAUUGACUGUGAUCAUAAUGAGCUAUGAGGGACGGAAAUUGUCAACGAUUAAUCCUCCUGGACAUGCGUUAGCCUUAUUAGAGGCGAAGACGGUGAGCCUUUCAAUGGACACCAUUGCGAUUCAAGAUCGCGGCGAUCCGAAAAUUGUGCAUUUUUUUGAGCCAAAUACGGGAAAAUCGCAAGGAGAUGGAUCGCACAACCAUGAAUAUGAUAUCGUUGAGCUCACUAUCAAUCAGUGUGGAGCUCUCAAUGACCGGCUAAUGGCGUUUCGAGACCAAAUUGGAGCUGUUUAUAUUCUCAUUGUCAAGACUUUUGGGUUAAAUCAAAGGAUUUCAAGGAUAGGCUCCCUUAUUGAGCAGCUCAAAUUCAAUGACGUCACCAAUAUGCUUUGUGGGGUCACCGAAGGCAAAAUUGCAAUCUGGCCUCUUCCAAAUAUCGCGUUCUUCGAUCGAAGUUUGAUGCAAAAAGCAACAAUUAUGAAGAACGUCGGCAAUUUGGGCAAAUUUCCACAACUCAUCAGCUUUUCGUCAAAUACGAUAAUUGUCCGAAAAUCUGAUGGCUCGUUGAUUCCCGUUGGAAUCAGUCCGUUCGCUGGGACCAUCGUCCAGAUGGCCAACGAAUCGAAAUGGGACCAAGCAAUUCGACUGGGAAGAAAUAUUAAUGACGACACCCUCUGGGCUCUUUUAGCAGGCGUCGCACUUCUUCACAAGAACAUGUAUGCUGCUGAAACGGCGUACGCGGCGUUGAAUGAGGCCGAAAAGGUGGCAAUGAUCAAUGAAGUGAAGGAGAACAGCGAUAAGAACGUGCGGCACGCGAUGCAGAUCCUUCUGACGGGUCGAAUUGGAGAUGCCGAGGUGUAUUUGGAACGAAACGGACACCCUUUUCGGGCGCUGAUGAUCAAUAUUCAAAUGUUUCGCUGGAAACGUGCGCUGGAAAUCGCGUUGAAGAGCAAGGAUUUUCUGGAAGUCGUGAUGGGAUAUCGAGCCAAAUACCUUCAGAACAUUGGCAAAAAAGAAUCCGACCCAAUGUUUCUCAAACAUAUGGCCGAGGUCGAAGUUGAUUGGAUUCAUAUUCGAGAGAUUAUCGACGGCGAAAAAGCGAAGGGCAAUUAUUAG